ACGUAACAGUGACAUAAUGUCAUCGAUGAAUUUCUAACCUAAAAAUAACACUGAAUCUUAUUAUUACUAUCAUAAAUUUUUAUAACAUUAAGAAUUAGAAUCACAUCAUUUACUAUUCAAUAGUCAUGAAUAAUUCUUUGAUAAAAUUAUCUAAGGUAUGUUUUUGUGCACUUCGUAGUUAUCUUUUACUGCUCUCACGAAAGUAUUAACGUUCCUAAUCAUUUAUAUUACAGUCUCACCUAUCAUCAAAAAGUCAAAUAUUACCAUGGGCAGCUAUAACAGAAUCCCAUAUACACACAUCUGCACCUAUGUGCAGAGUCGUUUCUGGCAAAUAUAGAAUAACUAAGAAGCGGGACAGGCCACUUACAUACGAAAUGGCAAAUCCACCCCAUUACAUCGCUCACCGCAAGACAUGGAACUCUUGGAAUACUUCGAGUUUGAAGGAUGGACUACGCAGGUCAGAGACAGUACUAGAGGAUGAAUUCAUACGAAGAUUCAUGACUGGGACAUGGCAUGGUUUAAUGUGCAGUGAGAUAAUUGUGAAGAGACAAUUCAACCACAUCAGAGUAGCCGCAAUAGUAAGGCGAGCAAUAUCACCCACCAAAAUGUACUUCCUUUUAGGAUACACUGAAGAACUUCUAUCAAACUGGCUUCAAUGUCCUGUCACAUUGGAAUUGCAGACCGUUGACAGUUUCAAAGAUGUUGUAUUUAAAUAUAUAUAAAUUGAGAUUUGAAAUAUAUUUAGUUAGUGUAUAUAAGGCUAUUAGUAUUAUUUUUAGUAAACUUUAAUUAUAAAAUCUGUCUUUUUUUAUAUAACAAAGUAAAGAUUUUAUCAUUUUUGUAUAAGAUGAUCUUUAUUUACAAAAAUGCUGAUACUCUACUAAUAUGACAUGACAAUGAUUAUGACAA